GAGGGUUUUGGUGUUUCACAUUGUAUUUUCUCAAAACUCGGCCAAUCCAAAUCUGUUAUCAACGUAUAGAUCGAUUACUCUUUCGGAGAAAUGCAAUCGAUUCGUAGCACUACAAGGUUGUUGCUUCAGAGACACCGUGUCUCCAUAUCCAACACGCUUCGUUUCACUUCUUCUUCUUCUUCUUCUUCUUCUUCUUCUUCUUCUUCUUCUUCUACAUCUUCUUGUGGAAGCUGGUCUGAUAACGAAUCGAGGAGGCUGGGGUUUGAUUCUUUCAGUUCUACCAGAGCUUUUGAUUCAGCUUCGACAUAUCGUAUUAGCUCGUUGAAGAAUGCUGCUUUUUCCUCUUCGGUAGUACCUAAACAAAACUUGAUGUAUUCAUCGAGGUGCUUUUCCACCGUUGGAGAUUCUGUACAGAAUACUUCUCAAGUGUCAUCUGAGGAGUUAGCUUCUGAUGUUCCUCAGAGAAUCAAGUUUAAGCGCCUUGAUAAAACCGCCAAGCAUAUAAUGCAGAUUAUCGACAAGGAGGCAAUUGAGGAAGUGAGAACUCAUAGGGAGAUACCAAAGAUUGAGCCUGGUUACCUUGUGCAGCUAAAAGUGGAAGUGCCUGAGAACAAGAGGCGUGUAUCAAUUGUAAAAGGCAUCGUCAUAGCAAAGCGUAAUGCUGGUCUUAACUCAACAUUUAGGAUAAGAAGGCUAGUGGCUGGAGUGGGUGUUGAAUCUAUGUUCCCCUUGUAUUCCCCAAAUCUGAGGGAGAUAAAGGUGUUGGAGAAGAAGAAAGUAAGAAGAGCCAAGCUUUAUUACCUGAGGGAGAAGACGAAUGCUCUCAAAAAGCAUUAGCACACACCUUCAUAACAAAAGCAGUAUUAAUCCUGUUCUGAACAAAUAAAAUGUCUUUGAAGGUUCCCUUUUAGUUACACUCCCCUAAGAAGGAGACACAGUUUGGAUAUUGUAUUUGUGUAAUGGCGGAUCGUCUUCAUAAGUUGUUUGUUGGCUUCUUUAUGAGUUA